AUGUCGUCCAGUGAUGGGAGAUCCAGGACGCGGGACAGGGGCUACCGUGAGGUCCCCCGUGAGGUCCCGGGGGACGUGCCCACUGAGGACGGCACUCUGAGGACCCUGCAGAGCCUUCAGGACAGCGAGCUGGCCUUGAGCGCAGAUCCCCUGCCCCCGCCGCCUCUCCCGUUACAGCCACCCUUCGGCCCCGCCUUCUCCUCAAGUGACACAGAGUCGCCCGCCGUCGCUCCACACCUCAAACCUGUCCACCGCUUCAUCCCCGACUCCUGGAAGAACUUCUUCAGGGGGAAGAGAAAGCAGCCGGAAUGGGAGACAUCGUCGCUGUCUGACGUCCCGUACAUCUCGGAUGGCGUGGAGUGCUCCCCUCCCGCCUCCCCGGGCAGAGCCAACCAGCGCUCUGCGCCCAGCUCCUCCUGCAAAGAGCCAGACCGUGACAGCGGCAGCGGCCCCUCGGGAGGAACCUUCCAGGCCCGGAGAGAGACUGAGCUCAUGAUUGGCACCGACAGCUCCCUGGGGCGGCACACGCAGUCCGCCCGGACCUACAGCGAGAAGGUGGAGGAGUACCACCUGCGUUACUCCUACAUGAAGUCGUGGGCCGGCCUGCUGCGGCUGCUGGGCGUGGUGGAGCUGCUGCUGGGUGCAGGGGUGUUCGCCUGUGUCACUGCCUACAUCCACAAGGACAGCGAGUGGUACAACCUGUUCGGCUACUCGCAGCCCUAUGGAGUGGGCAGCGCGGGCGGCCUGGGCAGCAUGUACGGAGGCUAUUACUACACGGGUCCCAAGACCCCCUUCGUGCUGGUGGUGGCCGGCCUGGCGUGGGUGACCACCCUCAUCAUCCUGGUGCUGGGCAUGUCCAUGUACUACCGGACCAUCCUCCUGGACUCACACUGGUGGCCCCUCACGGAGUUUGGCAUCAACGUGGCCCUGUUCAUUCUGUACAUGGCCGCGGCCAUAGUCUACGUGAACGACACCAACCGAGGCGGCCUCUGCUACUACCCCUUGUUCAACACGCCCGUCAAUGCGGUGUUCUGCCGCGUGGAGGGGGGCCAGAUAGCCGCCAUGAUCUUCCUCUUCGUCACCAUGAUGGUUUAUCUCAUCAGCGCCCUGGUGUGCCUGAAGCUCUGGCGGCACGAGGCAGCGCGGAGGCACAGGGAGUACAUGGAACAGCAGGAGAUGAAUGAAUCAUCAUUGCCAUCAAAAAGGAAAAUGUGUGACAUGGCCCCCAGCGACAGACACAGAGACCCGGACGUUAAUUUCAAAGAGUUAAGGACAACAAAAGUGAAGCCGGAGCUCCUGAGCGGACACAUCCCGCCAGGCUACACCCCUAAACCCAUCGUGAUGCCCGACUACGUGGCAAAAUACCCGGCCAUUCAGACGGAUGACGAGCGCGAGCGCUACAAGGCCGUGUUCCAGGACCAGUUCUCGGAGUACAAGGAGCUGUCGGCCGAGGUGCAGGCCGUGCUGCGCAAGCUGGACGAGCUGGACACGGUGAUGAGCCGACUGCCACAGCGCUCUGACAACCGCCAGGAACAUGAGAGAAUUUCAAGAAUCCAUGAAGAGUUUGCCAAGAAAAAAAAUGAUCCUUCAUUUCUGGAGAAAAAGGAACGCUGCGACUACCUAAAGAACAAACUCUCACACAUAAAGCAGAGGAUUCAGGAAUAUGAUAAAGUCAUGAACUGGGACGUGCAAGGUUAUUCCUAGGCUGUGUUCAAGUCGGCUUUUCGAAGGAGCGAAGUCACUAUUUAUUUCCUGCCUGUUCGAUGCUCGUCUCUGUGUUAGGGGAGCAAGUGCUGCCUGAAUUAGCUUCCGGUUGGUUAUCCUAGGAUGUAGCGUUCAACAGCGGGACUCAAACAUUUCAAAAGAUGGACUCACCCCGGGGCCUCUAUGAGAAUGGAAGUGUGCCUGCAUCCAUCCCUGGGAGGGGCGGGGUUCAUGUCACUCUGCCGCCUGUCAGUGUAUCAUUUCUGAGAC